AUACACUUUGAGUCAUAUGACAUUGUGACGUCUUUUUAAUUUUCUGGUUUUAAAAGUUGUUCGUGUCAAUCGAAAUAUUACAAUAAGGAAAAGAUUUAAAAUAUUAAUGUUUCAGUGAUAAAGGCGACAGAUAGUAAUCUGUUUCAUUUAUGUUAAUGAAAAAGGAAAGUUUAUUACUCAAGAAACACAAUGGAAAUUGAAUCUUAAAAGUCGUAAUUUGCUUCAACAAAACAUAGCAAUAUUUGCAUAGCAAUGUCCUUAAUAACUGGAAGUAUAAAAUCAAUUUUAACGAUCAAAAUAAAACAUCGCCAUGAUAGUUUUUCUGAUCAAAUUUCACGAAUAUUUGUUGCAAAAAUGUUCCUUGUUGCUAGUUUAGUAGUCGGAGUUGAUUGGUUUCAUGAUACUGUAUUUUGUGUUCUUCCUAAAAAUUCAAAAAUGUCAGAGAAUUUUGUUCACAGUGCAUGUUGGAUUCAAGGAUUUUAUAUAUAUCCGCAAAUGGAGAGUUUCGUCAACGAGUCUGCAUACCAUGGAAUUCCACAAUACGUUGAGCUCGAUGGGAUUUCAAACGAGGGAAAUUUUUUGUGUAAAACAGUAAAGAAGUUGUAUAAACGAAAUACCAAUUGUAAUCCUAUGGAAAGACAUUAUUUUGCUCAUUUUCAAUGGAUGCCUUUCUAUAUUGCUAGCUUAGCAGUACUUUUUUAUGUUCCAUAUUUUUUAUUUCGUAUAGUCAACUCAGAUCUGAUUAGUCUCCAACUUCACAUGAAGAUUUCAGAGAUUGAUUCUGAGGAGAUAGUGCAAAAUUAUUUUAAUCACCACGUUAAUUCAAAGUCAAAAAUGCGUUUAAGAAUUUUUUUUAAUGUGAUUAUAAAAUGCAUGUACGUCUUUGUUAACUUAUUUGCGUUCAAAGUUUUGAAUGUCCUUCUCAACGGGCAGUUUAUUAACUACGGUAUGAGUUGGGCCAAAUGGUUGAUUCAAAAUGCAUCUGUUCAGUAUGCUAAAGGAUUUGCCGCCACACCAGGAAACAAAAUGCUCCCCACCUUUGGUUUUUGUGAUAUUCAUGAGUUAUCGCUUGAUGGUCAUUAUGCUACAGAAAACAAAAAUAAAGUCAUUUGUGAAAUCUCUUCAAACAUUUUGUAUCAAUAUGCAAUGGUUCUUCUCUGGUUUGUUUUGGUUUUUGGGAUAUUUGUUUCCACCGUUGGUUUGCUGGAGAAUAUUUUUACUCAUGUCUUAACUGCAUAUUGGAAGUCCAAACCUCCGUGUGGAUCAAAUAAUAUUUAUCGUUAUUUAACAUUUCGAGAGUGUGAAUAUUUAGCAUAUAUUAGGAACAAGAAUUUUGCGGUAUUUGGAAAUGUUGUUAGAAUUAUUGCUGCUAAAAAUUGUCUUCUUAAGAGUGUCAUUCCACUACAUUUAAUUGCCCAAAAAGUAGCCAAUAACCGCGUUAUCACUAAAUCGGUUAAUGGUUUUAACAACUCGUCGUUAGAUGAUAUUGGGGAUUGCUCACCUGAGGAACUGAAUUUUUUUCGUAGUACCGAUCAUGAAAUGACCAAAAUGAAAUUUAAAGAUCGAAUGAAAGCCGAAACAAAAUAUGCGCUUUUAGAUGAUUUGCUUUCCGGUGGUUUAUAGAAUUAUCGCUAAUUAAGUUUGAAUUUUUACAGUAAAACUUUAGGUUAUAAUAAAAUUGUAGUUUAUUGAAAUUAAGAAUAUUGAAUUUUACUUUUA